AAAAAGAGUAAAGCAAAAAAAAAAAAAAAAGGCGCUGCUUUCUUUUUGCUCUGCUUUUGUUUUGUUUUUCUUUUGGCUUUGUCUCUCAGAUUUCACGGCGACAAGUCUGUUUCAUUCUUCUUGAUCCCAUAAAGUUCCUUUUUUUUUUCUUUUUCUUUUUCUUUCAUCGGAUUCUAAACCAAAAACGGUGAGUUUUUUCGAGCAAGUUGGAGCAGCUCAGUUACCGGUUUAUCAACACUCCGUCCGGUUACUUCCCCUUCGAUUCGGUUUCUUUGGAACCCAUUGAAGGAAAAAUGUUGGGUAUAUGAUUUGAAAUACACCCAAAACGAAUCAAAAGCUUGUUACCAAAGUUAAAUAAAGAGGAAAAAUUUAGCUUUGAAAUGAACAAAAUUUUGGGUCUUCACAAUUUGGGCCUUUUUAGUUUUGAAAGUGAAUGAAAACACCGGCGGCGGCAGCGGCAGCGGCGGAUUGUCCUUUCUAUAGGGGAUGAUGCAAUACAAGUGAUUUUGAAGCUUUUGGGUUUCAUUUCAUAGCGUUGAAGUGAAGUUUAUGGUCAACAAAGUUGAUCUCCUUUCACUUAUUGGAGCAAAGUUUUAUUAACAGUUUUAGUUUAUUCAAAUUUGUAAGCAUGAAGGCUCCACCCAAUGGAUUUUUGGCAAAUCCCGCAGAAGGAGAAAGGAAGAGUAUCAAUUCAGAAUUAUGGCAUGCUUGUGCUGGACCACUUGUUUCUUUACCACCAGUUGGAAGUUUGGUGGUUUACUUUCCUCAAGGCCAUAGUGAACAAGUUGCAGCAUCGAUGCAGAAGGAGACUGAUUUCGUACCAAGCUACCCUAAUCUUCCUUCCAAGUUAAUUUGCAUGCUCCAUAAUGUCACAUUGCAUGCUGACCUGGAAACCGACGAGGUCUAUGCUCAGAUGACUCUUCAACCUGUAAACAAAUAUGACAGAGAAGCAUUACUAGCAUCUGAUAUGGGCCUCAAGCAAAGCAGACAACCUGCUGAGUUCUUUUGCAAGACUCUUACAGCUAGUGACACUAGCACUCAUGGUGGCUUUUCAGUGCCUCGUCGAGCAGCUGAGAAGAUCUUCCCUCCUUUGGAUUUUUCGAUGCAACCGCCCGCUCAAGAGCUAGCAGCUAGAGAUUUACAUGAGAAUACAUGGACAUUUAGACAUAUCUAUCGAGGUCAACCAAAGAGGCAUCUUCUAACUACUGGUUGGAGUGUCUUUGUUAGCAACAAAAGACUUUUUGCUGGUGAUUCCGUUCUUUUCAUAAGAGACGAGAAGUCACAGUUUCUCUUAGGUAUAAGGCGGGCCAAUAGACAGCAGCCAGCUCUCUCUUCAUCAGUAAUUUCUAGUGAUAGCAUGCAUAUAGGGAUCCUUGCUGCUGCAGCUCAUGCUGCUGCAAAUAACAGCCCAUUUACUAUAUUCUACAAUCCAAGGGCAAGCCCUUCCGAGUUUGUGGUACCCUUGGCGAAGUAUAACAAAGCCAUGUAUACCCAAGUUUCUCUUGGAAUGCGGUUUAGAAUGAUGUUUGAAACCGAGGAGUGCGGAGUACGUAGAUACAUGGGUACAAUUACUGGUAUCAGUGACCUGGAUCCUGUACGAUGGAAGAAUUCACAGUGGCGCAAUCUUCAGGUAGGAUGGGAUGAAUCUACUGCUGGUGAGCGACCAACCCGAGUUUCAAUUUGGGACAUUGAGCCUGUUGUAACUCCUUUCUACAUAUGCCCACCACCGUUUUUCAGGCCUAGAUUCCCCAAGCAACCGGGAAUGCCGGAUAAUGAUAAUGAUGUUGAGAAUGCUUUUAAGAGAGCUAUGCCUUGGCUUGGAGAUGACUUUGGCAUGAAAGAUUCCCCCAAUUCAAUCUUCCCUGGUUUGAGUUUAGUUCAGUGGAUGAACAUGCAACAAAAUAAUCAGUUGGCAGCUGCUCAAUCUGGACUCUUUCCUUCAAUGGUUUCUUCGAAUCCGUUGCACAAUAGCCUUGGCACUGAUGAUCCAUCCAAGUUAUUGAAUUUUCAAGCUCCGGUGUUACCUGCGUCAAAUAUGCAAUUUAACAAAGCAAAUCCAAACCAGGUCAACCAGUUGUCUCACGCACCUAUGACCUGGCCCCAGCAACAGCAACUCCAGCAGUUGUUGCAGACUCCUCUGAAUCAAAAUCCACUACAGCAACAAUCCCAACAGCAGUUACAGCAAAGACAGUCACAGCUGCAGCCACAGUCACAUCUUCAACAGCAGCCUCAGCCACCUCUACAGCAGCAGCAGCAGCAGCAGCAACAACAAAGACAACAGGCACAGCCACAACCACAGCAGCAGCAGCCACCUCUACAGCAACUGCAACAACAACAAAGACAACAGGCACAACCGCAGCUGCUGCAACAACAAUUUCUACCAGCUCAAGUAAAUAAUGGCAUCAUUGCCUCAAACCAGAUGCCAAAUCGAAAUUUGCAUCAGCCUGGUGUUUAUUCUCAGGUUCAGCAACAGCAGCAACAACAACAAAUAUUGACAAGCAAUGGCCAGUCAACUCAAACCACCCUUCCUGCUAAUAAAGCUUCAUAUCCUUUGACGUCGUUAGCUCAAGAUACACAGAUUCAACAACAGGUGGAACAGCAACCUAACCUCGUACAGAGCCAACAGCAACAGACACAGUUGCAGCAAAAUCUGUCCCAGAGGUCACAACAGCAGCCGCAAAUUCAACAACUGGCACAGCAGGGCCUCCCAGAGCAACAAUUCCAAUUAUUACAGAAAUUGCAGCAACAGCAGCAGCAGCAGCAGUCAUCUCAACAAUUACUCUCGCCUACUGGAUCACUGUUGCAGUCUCCAGUGGUGCAACAACAGCCAAUGCAUCAACAAAACCAACCAAUGCAGCAGGUGCCUCUUUCUCAGAGUCAACAGACACUUGGCAGCAAUGGUUUCUCAACAUCAAUGCUAAUGCAACCACAACAGCUAGUGGUGAGCCAAUCCCAAAAUCAGAACAAGCCACUUAUGGCAAUGAGAACCCAUUCUGGUCUUACUGAUGGAGAUGCUCCAUCAUGUUCAACCUCACCUUCUACCAAUAAUUGUCAGGUUUCACCAUCAAGCUUCCUAAGCAGAAGUCAGCAAGUACCAUCCAUGGUGGUGACAGAUCCAGUUGUUGAGCCUGCAAGUACACUGGUUCAGGAGCUUCAGAGCAAGCCUGAUAUCCGAAUCAAACAUGAGUUGCUUGCCUCUAAAGGUCCAGAUCAAUCAAAGUACAAAAGUACUGUGACAGACCAGUUAGAAGCAUCCUCUUCUGGAACAUCAUACUGCUUGGAUGCAGGCACCAUCCAGCAUAAUUUCUCUCUCCCCACUUUUUUGGAAGGUGAUGUCCAAUCACAUCCUCGGAACAAUCUUCCAUUUUCAGCUAAUAUUGAUGGACUGGCACCCGACACCUUGUUAUCAAGGGGAUAUGACUCUCAAAAGGAUCUUCAAAACCUGCUUUCUAAUUAUGGUAGCAAUCCAAGAGAUAUUGACACAGAGUUGUCUACUGCUGCAAUAAGUCCCCAGUCAUUUGGUGUGCCAAACAUACCUUUCAAAACUGGGUGUUCAAAUGAUGUUGCCAUAAACGAUGCAGGAGUUUUAAAUGGUGGAUUGUGGGCCAACCAAACUCAACGGAUGCGAACAUAUACAAAGGUACAAAAGCGUGGCUCUGUGGGAAGAUCAAUCGAUGUGACCCGCUACAAAGGGUAUGAUGAACUCAGGCAUGAUCUAGCCCGCAUGUUUGGUAUCGAAGGACAGAUGGAAGAUCCACAAAGUUCUGACUGGAAAUUAGUAUAUGUUGACCAUGAAAAUGACAUAUUACUUGUUGGUGAUGAUCCUUGGGAAGAAUUUGUAAGUUGUGUUCAGAGCAUUAAAAUACUGUCAUCCCUUGAAGUACAACAAAUGAGCUUGGAUGGUGACCUUGGAAAUGUGCCAGUUCCCAAUCAAGCUUGUAGUGAGAUCGACAGUGGAAAUGCAUGGAGAGGACAUUAUGAUGAUACUUCAGCUGCCUCCUUUAACAGAUAAAAAAGUCAAAAACAAAUUGAUUGGACUUUACAUAGGCUCAUUGGUGGAUGCCUUUCCAUUAAGAAAGAUCAAUUUAAUGAAGUUCUUCCAAAUUCAGAGGUGUUAAAACCACUGCCAUGGAAUUGGCAGAAGGAUGGAUCUUGUUCUAACUUUAGCAUCCACUUUUUUUGACUUUGCCCUUUAAUCACUAGUUUUACUACGAGGUAAGGUGCAAAAGGGAGCGUUGGGGCAAGUUUAUCAUUGAUGUAUAAUAUAACCAUAUUUUAAAAGCUGAUCUGACAUUAUCAGCAAGAUUUGUAGUGUUUGUAGCUAUUGCUCAGGCAAAGAUACAAUUAGCAUCAAUUUUUGUUCAUGUUGCGCCAAGGUACAAUUUAAAAACUUAUCUCAAAGAGAUGAAUAUAAUAUCCAUUGAAGAA